AAAUACCAAUUUGUUGGGAAUAUGAAAAGAAAAAUGGAAAUCCCAAAUUCAGGGGGGUCAAUCUCAAAGAGACCUGUGAGAAAGAGGAUAGCUUCUAGGAAUUAUGAUGAGAAUUUGAUGGAUAAUUUCAUGGAUGAGCAGUUGGGUGGGCCGGUGAGGAAGAAGAUUAGAACGAAGAAAGAUUUGGAGAAAGAAACUGAAAAAGAGGCCUUGAUUGCUCUUUCUUUGGGCUUCCCAAUUGAUGACCUUCUUGAAGAAGAAAUAAAGGCUGGAGUUGUAAGUGAACUGGAUGGGAAAGAGCAAAACGAUUACAUCGUUGUGAGAAACCAUAUUCUUGCAAAAUGGAGGGAGAAUGUGCAUAUUUGGCUGAACAAAGGAAGGAUAAGGGAAACUGUAAGUGUUGAGUAUGAACAUUUGGUAGCCAUAGCAUAUGAUUUUCUUUUGAGUAAUGGGUAUAUAAAUUUUGGGGUUUCACCGUCAUUUGUAUCUAAUCUUCCUGAGGAACCUAGUGAAGGGUCUGUAAUUAUUGUUGGUGCUGGACUCGCUGGUUUGGCUGCAGCAAGGCAACUGAUGUCGUUUGGAUUCAAGGUAAGUAUCCUUGAAGGUAGGCACCGACCUGGAGGGAGAGUUUAUACUGAGAAAAUGGGAUGGAAGGGAAAGUUUGCUGCUGUGGAUCUUGGUGGCAGUGUUAUAACUGGUAUCCAUGCGAAUCCUUUGGGAGUUUUGGCUAGACAACUUUCCAUUCCGCUUCACAAGGUUAGAGAUAAGUGUCCUUUAUACAAGCCUGAUGGUGCUCCUGUUGAUGCAGUAGUUGAUUCCACAAUUGAACUCAUUUUCAAUAAGCUACUAGACAAAGUUACUGAGCUAAGAAAAAUCGUAAGUGGAUUGGCUACUGAUGUCUCGUUAGGCUCUGUUUUGGAGACACUUAGACGAUUAUAUUGUGUGGCUAAAACUAAAGAGGAGAAGCAACUUCUGCAUUGGCAUUUUGCAAACUUGGAAUAUGCAAAUGCUGGAUGCCUCUCGGAACUCUCUGCUGCCUAUUGGGAUCAGGACGACCCUUAUGAAAUGGGUGGUGAUCAUUGUUUUCUUGCUGGUGGAAAUCGGGGUAUGAUCAGAGCACUGUGCAAAGGAGUUCCUAUAUUCUAUGGAAAGACUGUUCAGACGAUAAAGUAUGGAAAUGAAGGAGUUGAGGUCGUUGCUGGGGACCAACUUUUUCAGGCAGACAUGGUCCUAUGUACUGUUCCUCUUGGGGUACUAAAAAGAAGAUCAAUUAGAUUUGAACCAGAGUUACCUGAGAAGAAGCUUGAAGCUAUUGAUAGGCUAGGAUUUGGGUUGCUGAAUAAGGUUGCCAUGGUAUUCCCUCAUAUUUUUUGGGGAGAAGACUUGGAUACCUUCGGUUGCCUCAACCAUCAUAGCCACAGACGAGGAGAGUACUUCUUAUUUUACAGUUACCAUACUGUUUCUGGGGGUCCAGUACUUAUUGCACUUGUUGCUGGUGACGCUGCUCAACUUUUCGAAAGCACAGAGCCAUCCACUUUAAUUAAUCGAGUGAUUAACAUUCUCAAAGGCAUAUAUGAACCAAAGGGAAUAAGCGUGCCUGAUCCUAUACAAUCCAUAUGCACAAAAUGGGGAAGUGACCCCUUUUCGUUUGGCUCAUAUUCACAUAUUCGUGUUCAGUCAUCUGGCAGUGAUUAUGACAUACUUGCAGAAAAUCUUGGAGGUCGGUUGUUUUUUGCUGGAGAGGCUACGAUUCGACAACAUCCAGCCACCAUGCAUGGAGCCUAUUUGAGUGGCUUAAGAGAAGCUUCUCACAUUUCCCAAACCAUGAAAGCGAGGCAAAAUAAUCCAAGGAGGACUGUAUCAAAGAAUGUUGGACCAAGCAAUGAUGUCUUGGAAGAGUUGUUCAUAAAGCCAGAUCUAGCAUUCGGGAAGUUCUUAUUUGUAUUUGAUCCCCUCACUUGUGAUUCUAAAUCUUUAGGACUCAUGAGAGUUACUUUUGGAAGAUCCAACGAUGAAUUUAAUACAGUGGAGGCAGAUAAUAUGCCUCAACAUUUAUUAAAUCCAUCACUGCAGCUUUAUACAGUUGUGUCUCGUGAGCAAGCACAUGAGCUGCAGUUGGUGAAGGAGGGAAACAAUUGCAAAUUGUCAGAGUUGCUUAAAGGUCUUGGGUUAAAGUUAGUGGGAGCGAAUGGACUAGGAGUUCAAGGCCAUUCUUUGGCUGCUAAAAUUGUUAAUGCUCGAAAAGGUAGAAGAAGGAGUCGAAGCUGUACUGCCAAGCAGAAGGCAGGCAACAAUAGUAGUCAGUUACCUUGA